AUGCCCUCGGCGCGGAUCAAGAUGAUGAACUACAUGCGGUCUGAGACCAAGGGCAAUGGCUUGGGGAGCCCCUCUAGGAACAACCAGUCUGCACCUCAGCAUCCUCAACAACCCCCACCCCCUCUCGCCUCAAGGCAGCAUCUCGCAGAGGCCGCCAAGGUCCAGAUCCCCAGACCGAGUCGCUUCAACAGUGCCAGCCAGCCACCUGCCUCUAUGCCUGCUAGCAGUCCGCCUUCGCAGUCACAAUCACAACCUCUUGCAACGCGACAUACCCGAGCCAACUCAGAUGCCGGCAGGGCCAAUGCACCCUCCGAGCAGGACCAGCAAAUAUGGGAGGACUCGACUAUAAAUUCACUCCUGGGGGAGAGCGUCUCUGGGUCGACCCGGCCUCGACCUCCACACAGCCAGGAUAUCAGGCGCCUCGACAGCCUUCCUUCCCAACGUCAGCGUUACCGUGAUCGCAACGCCGCCGACCAAGAAGAGCUCAACCCUUUUGUGAUCCAGGAGAACGGUCUUCUCAAAGUCUUGCCCGCUUCCGGCGGCAACAACAGUAUAGCAAAGACCAACCCGCGCUCGGUUCUCGACAACUUCUCUCUGGAUGAUCCCUACGCUGCCAAGUCCCGUUAUGAUUCUUCACCCCAGAAGCCGGGCCAUACGUUGAAGCACGCCAAGUAUCCCUUCCGCGACGCGCGAGCUGCCAAAAGGGCGUCUACGUCCGAUAAUUUCUCGCAGAACGCCACAGCUGGUGAUACCGUGAACCUAUCCCCUGAACGUUUCCUGAACGGUGUCCAGACUCGCGAGCCGAGGCCGGAGAACCGGACCCAGGACUACGAGACUCACCGGUCUACUAUAUUUCACGAUAUCGAUACCCCAGGGCGCACACCCGCACCCCCGGAGGACGACGAGAUCAGCGAGGCACCAUCUCAAGGAGACGAGGCCACGAACAGAACCCCGCGUCAGUCUAAGAUUGCACCUCCGCAGCCCUCUCAGCCACCCCUACCCUUGCCACUCACCAAGAUGGCCCUCCAAGAAAGCACCCUGCCUCGAAUGAGCAACUACCGCGACAAGAAGCCGGACAAAAUGGGUCGCAAACGUCGCCUGAGCCUCGACUACGACGAUCAUGCCCUGAGCUCCAUGUCCUAUGCCGAUCUGCGAAAUGAGAAUUUUGACCAUGACCCAGCCCGCAUGGCCGUCCAGCCCGCCAACGUGCCAUCCGGCGACAGCCUUGAGGACAAACUCGCCUACUUCAAAGGCAAGGACGAGAACAGCCAGCACCACUUCUUCACCCAGAUCACCGUCAAGGAGUGGGAUCACUGUGGAGACUGGUUCCUCGAGCAGUUCUCCUCCGUGGUGCAGCGGAUGAAGGACUCUCGGCAGGCCAAGCGUCAGCUGGUGGAGCAGUUCGAGAGCGAGAUCGCGUCGCGUGAGGAGAUGGUGCGCGGUAAGGUCGAGAGCAUCGAUCGCACCCUCAAAGAUCUCAAGCAGGAAGGUGAGGGCAUGAUGCGAGGCAAAGACGUUGAUGUCUAA